AUGAAUCCAGGCGGAGAAGGCGCGCCAAAUAGGCCAAACAACCCGCCCGACCAAGAGAGGAGAGCCAAUGAUCCUCCUAAUCCAGCAGAAGCUAGAGCUGACCAGCCAGCACCGGCCAGAGACGUUCCUCAGCCCAAUCCGAACGCGCCCGAUGCAGCUGAGCCGCUACAGCCACCUCUUAACCCGCCGCGACCACCACCGGCGUUUGCAAAUGGACAUCAUCGUCACGGUGACAACCAAGGGAUGCCUCAAGACCAACCUCAAGCACCUCCAAGGAGAGUGCCAAACGCGCAGCAUCCAAGGCACCAAACUAUGGGAGACUUUGAUUCUUCCGAUGCUUUCUUUAUGGAUCGGAAUCCAAUCCGACCGCCUCUACCUCCAAGGAACGAUUUUGAGAUCAAACCGCAGAUCAUUGCCUUGGUGAAACAAAACCAAUUCCUUGGUGAUCUAAGCAGCAAGUUUGGGUCUCUCUCUACUCACGUUCAAAAGCUUGAGGUGCAAAUCGCUCAAACAGCCGAGGCGGCCAAGAAACAAAAUGAGGUAAACACUCAAAAAUUUUGUAGUGUUGUCUCAUCUAUAGAUGGCACAAUUGUUCCUACACUAUCUCAAGGGGAAGAAGAAGAAAAUGAGCCUAAGGAGAGGCACAAACCGGAGAGAUACAGUUGGGAAUCAAGAAGAGCUUACAAGAGAAGACUUGAAGGCAAGCCACUACAAAAACAAGAAGAUCCGGGGAAGUUUGUGAUAACUUCAAGUAUCAAUGGCAUUCAACUCCACGAUUGCCUAUGUGAUACUGGUGCUAAUGUUAAUCUAAUGUCUCUUGCACUUGCAAAAGAUUUGGGAUUCAAGGAAUUCAAGAGCCCCAAGAUAAGAGUCGAGUUCGCGGAUCUAUCGUGCAUGGAACCUAUGGAAUGCUUGAAGAUGUCAUGA